GAUAUGUCUGCAUAAUUCUUAUUUUUAAGGUUUCCAUUCUGUAUUUCUAUUUUUGUUCUUUUUUGUAUUUCUAUUUUAUUUUACUUCUGUGUGGCAUCCUGGAGGAACGAUGUUUCAUGGCUCAUGUGUACUGCACAAACACAGCUGUAAUCACAAAUAAAGCUUUGAGUCCUUGAAUCCUUGAAUCCUAUACCAUCAGCCAAUCUGCAGAUAUUUUUUACAGCAUGGAGCUCAGCUGUCGGCCUUCAUGAAGUGAAACUCAGGAUGUAAGGCUCAGGAAACCAAAACCCAACGCUGCAAACAGGAAGUCACAAGUUGACCCACCUUACAAAUGUCUGGUCUACAGCUGUCACACUUCUUACAACAACAAAGUCUGAAGUCAUCAGCUGCAGACAUGGCUUCCCUUUCAGUUCCAAUAAUUUCUAAAUCGUGGUACAUUCAAUCAAUACAGCAGAUUAAUGAAGAGCGGACAGCAGGUCGUUCCUGCCACAGAUCCAAAGCUGCUGAAGAAAAGGGAAGCUCACAGAAGUUUUUUGCAUCUGUUAAAUCAAACUGGUUUUAAUUCUGAAGUCCCCAUCAGAAUCUUAAUACAAAACAAUAACUCAAUAUCUAAUAAUUUAUCUUAGAAUUUUUUUAAGCAUCCUGGAUUUGUCCUUCAGACACACGUGGUGGGUUUUCCUCUGCUGGUGACGGCGAAGGCUCAGUCCAUCAUUCAGAGGAUCUGUGAGUCCUACCGACUGGCCCCAACGUGACGGCCACAGUCCAGUUCGGGUCCGAUCACUCUGAAGAGUCUUUAAAUGUAGUCUGAAGCUUUUGUUCUCUUAUUUUCUCUGCAUGAACUCUCAAACUGUUUUCAGAGUGUGGCUCACUUUUUACAGUGGGCAGAGCAGCCGAGUGCAUAAAUGUGUGUGCGUGAGUGUGAGGCGUCAGUGCAGCAUGACUCGGCUCAUCGCGAAGCUCGUUAUGAAGCUCGUUCUGCUGCUCGCUCUCCUCUCAGUCACUGAAUGCAGCAGCAGCAGAGUCGUUGGUGUCGAGGGUCACAGCGUUACUCUGGCAUGUAAGUAUGACAUCAAGUACCACAACGCGCUGUCAGCGUGCUGGGGGCGAGGACACCUGCCGGCGUCACGCUGCGGCAAGCCGCUCAUCUCCACUGAAGGACUUCAGGUGGUGGACGGAUCCAGACUGUCCAGCAGGUAUCAGUUACAGGGACGACUGGACGAAGGGGAUGUUUCCCUGACCAUCCUGAACGUCACACACUCGGAUGCUGGGCGUUACGGCUGUCGGGUGGAAAUACCAGGACUGUUCAACGAUGACAAACAAUACGUCGAUUUAGUCAUCGAGACAGCUGCACGGACGACGGCGGCGGCGGCAUUAAGCAGACCGACGUCUGCUCCGUCCCCAGCAGACACCUCAGCAGCAGGUCAGGUGACCUCAGCAGUGACCCUCCUCGCUUCCUCGUCCAGCAGCAUCGAGGCCGAGGAGGAGGAGGAGGACGCCGUUGAGACCCUCGUCCUGGUGUGUGUCCUGUUCGGGCUGGUCGCUCUGGUCACAGCAGGCGGACUCGUCAUCAUCACCAGAAGAUGGAGACGACUCAACAAAAUCCCGCAGCAGCAGCAGGUGAACCCCAGCAUCCACUUCAGUUCCACCUCGUCCACUCUGCACCUCCACAGCCGAAGUUCAGCCGUGGAAAACAUCUACGAGAUAGGCGGCGGCGGCGAAGGAGGCGAGUACGAGCGCUGCCCCUGACAGGAAGAUGACAAGCUGCACACAACACCCGGAGACUCGUUCCCUCGAUUUAGGAGGCAUUCAGGGUCCUGCAGUCAAAGGGACAAUAUGGGGAACAUGAGACUGACGUCUGAAGCGUUGUGAACGUCACAGAUCCGUGAUGUCACAGCGCUGGAUGACAUCAGCACACCUGAGCGCGACUGCGUCGCUCCUCAGCCUCUUCAAGAGUGAGUCCCACAAGUCACCACAGGUCACCACAGGUCCAACAGGUCCCACAGGUCACCACAGGUCACCACAUGUCACCACAUGUCACCACAGGUCACCACAGGUCCC